AUGAAAGAUCAAUUCGCUGACGCAUAUCUUUCGUCUUUUCGUAAAAAGGACAAAGAUGGUAUUGAUUCUGCUUUAGCACGAGGAGCUACUCUUAACGAUUUGUUCGAAAAUUUACCUGAUGAUCCUUUAUUAAAAAAACCAUACCUUAAUUUAUUCAGUGUUUACAAAAAUGAAGAUAUUUGGGAGGCAAAACCUCGGCAAGUUGGUGUGGAUCCUCAUGAGGAUUCUUUAUAUAUAAUGCCUCUUCCUGAUGAAAAAAGAAGAAAGAAAGGGGAACUUUCAAUAUGUAAAGGUGGUGGAUCGGUUUUUGCUUGCCUUCUUCCGCUUCCUGCCAAAGAUCAAAAUAAUCCUUAUAAAAUUAGGAAACAUUAUAAUGAAACUUUUGCUAGCUCUGAUAUUGAUAUCCAUUUUUAUGGAAUUGACGAAGAAGCUGCCAAGAAAAAAAUGCUUCAUAUAUACGAAACUGUUUGUCGUAAUGUUCCCUUCAAAGUCAUUUGCGUUCAUUGUUGUGGUUCAUGUCCUCAAGCUCAGACUCCAGAUGAAAUAAAACUUCAAGAAGAAAAUGAUCGAUAUUACAUUAAUGGUGAAUUAAAAUUUAUCAAAAAUCAUUUUGAUCCAAUGGAUCCUGGUAUUAAGAAUACUCAAGAUGAAUGGACUGCUGAUGCUUACAUUAUGGAACCGCGAGAAAAUUUAUGUAUCGCAGCAACCAAGGGUGAUGCUAUUUGGAUUCAACAAAUUAUUCAAGAACAUGGAAAAGACCUUGAUUUAAAUGCCAGAGAUCAAUUUGGUAAAACUCCACUUCAAUUAGCGAUACUUGGAGGUCAUCUUGCAGCAGUAAAACAAUUAAUUGAAAAUGAUGCAAAAAUUACAAUCAGAAUGCUUGAUGGACUUGGUCCACUUCAUUUAGCCGCAAAAUCUGGUAAUUUAGAUAUCAUUGAAGAACUUUUAAAAAAAAAUGCUCAAAAUGAAAAACUUAAAGAACAAGAUGAAAUUAAUAAAGAGUCUUCAGUCAGUAAUGAUACUGAAAAUGAUGAUAAUGAAUCUGAUGAUUCUCUUGAUAUUAUCGAUCCAAAUGAAUUGGAUGAUGCUAUGCAAAAUUCUUGGAACCAUUCUUUUUCUCCUCUCGAAUAUGCAAUCAUAUUUGGGCAUGUUGAUGUUGUAAAACGUUUAAUUCAAGCCGGAGCUAAUGUUCGUCGACAUCCAAAAGCGACUAGAAUACUUAAUUUUCUUAAUAUGGAUCGACAAUCUCCAGUAACAAUUGCCGUGAAAAAUGGAAAUCGAGAAAUGUUGGAAUUGCUAUUGAAAUACGGUGCUCAUGCAUCCAUAACCUUGGAAGAUUUUAAUGAACUUAACAAAUAUCAAAAAGCAUAUUACAAGUACGAAGAAGAUAUAGAGCAACCAGUACUAUUGUCUCUUGAAAAUGGCCUUUCACGCUUAUUGAUUGAAGCCGGUGUUCACGUAAAUUCUUUGUUUUAUAACUCAAAAGAGACUUUAUUGGAUCGAGUGGUUAAACUUAUUAACGACAAUGUUAAGAAUUUACCUGACUUUAAGAUUUCUGAUACUAUUGAAAGGCAAAUUAAUGCUACACAUAUUAAAUCAUUAAUUUCUUCGGAACUUAAGAAACAUCCCGUUGAUUCAUAUGUUGGAUAUUUACUUUCAAGAAUAGAUGAAUCGCAAAUGAAUGAUACUAUUUUUAAAUUAACGCCUUUAAAUUCGAUUUGUGAUAAAAUUGAUGAAAAAGAACCGAAAAAUCGAGAAUUAUUGGAAAAAUUACGACAACUCGAUGAAUGCUUUGUAUAUUUAUAUGAACGUGGUGCACAAAUAAGUCUCGAAUUUGAAGUAAAUCAACAUGCUAUUUUGGGCAAAUUGGAAGAAUUAAAAACAAAAGAAGAUUUACUUGCUAAGAAACGAAAACAUUUAGAAUUGAUAAAUACACAUAAAUUACAAGAAACAACAGAAACCAACAUACAGUUGAUAAAGGCUAUAUUAGAAACACAGAUUGAGAUAUUGAACCAAAUUGUUGAGCAUCAAAAUAAAUUCUUUGCACAAAGAAUACCAUCAAGUCAACAAAUAAUUAAUAUUUUGAAGAAAUCAUCAAAAGAUCUAAUAAAGGAUACAAAGAACCCAACUUCUGAUGAUAUUUAUAAAAAUAUUAUUUCUUUUAAAUAUCUAAAUGGGUCCUUUGUACCUGAAUCCAUUUAUGAACAGUACACAAAUCUUUAUCAAGCUCUAUGGGAUAAUAAUACUGAGCUUGUUGAGUCACUAAGUUCAGAUCUUAUCAUUGCUGUUCAAGAUAAAAAUGGCAUGACACCAUUUAUGUUGGCGUGUUAUAAAGGUUACGAAAAUCUGGCGAUUCAAAUUUUAAAAAUAGCUGAACGACAAUAUCUACCUAAGGACUCAAAUGACCAAGAUCCUAAUAAGAACAAAACCUUUAUUAACAAUUAUGACCUUUUAGAAACCUAUUCGGAUUAUUCGAAUGAUUAUGAUUCCGAAGAUGAAGCUGCCCCUGAGAUACCAGCAGAAACUGUUAUUGAUGAAGUGCAAGAUACGAAACCAGCAGUUCAUAUUGAAAUUACUGCAUUACAAUUAUUACGACAAACAGGCUACUAUUUAUCCGCAAAAUAUGAACUUUUGCAAAUGAAGUGUAAAAAACAAUUUAUUCAAGGAUCAUUUAAUGGACUUGCAUUGGCAGCAUUCAUGAAUCACGUCAAAGUUAUCAAAGAAGUAUUGACAUGGGCUGAAACUUAUCAAAAAGUAAAAGAAGACAUGACAAACUUGGUUAUGCAAUUAAUAAGAAAUACAAAUACAUAUGCACCUUUGACUACUUAUAAUUAUAACAAUCUUAUGCAAUGCGCUAUGUUUGCUGAUAACGUUGAUGUGGUCGAUUUGCUAAUAGAGUCUUAUAUUGGAUUAAAUAUUAAUGGCAAAAAAAAGAGAUCAUGGAUUUCUCGACAUAAUCCUUAUAUUCUUCAGCAAGCAGUCGAUCCAUCUUUUCUUCACAUGGCAGCUCAUUAUGGAGCUACAAAAACCAUUGAAUAUUUCUUAAGCUUACGACCAAUCGAAGCAUUACAGAGAUUCUCUUCAUUGCAUUGCAAAAAUUCCAAUAUUAAAAAUAUAUUGUUGACAGACCAAGAAAUUCUUAAAGUUGGUCGAGUUUUAUUUUGGUUUUAUUUACCCAAAGCAGAUACCCCAUUUCAUUGGGCCGUUAAAAUGAACAAACCAGAGUCAAUUAAAGAAUUAGCAAAUAUAUAUAAAGGUUUUAAAAAAGAUGAUGAUGAACCUCUUGAACAAAUAAUCAAUCAAGAAAGUUUUGAUCGUUAUGUAACACCAUUUCUUCUUGCUGUUAUUGAAGAUAAGAUUGAAUGCGCAGAAGCAUUGUUGGAAAUUGGAGCUGAUCCUUCUAUUCCCGAUGAGUUUGAAUGGACCGCAUUGCAUCAUGCUGCGUAUCAAGGCAAUUUGAAAAUGUUACGAUUUCUUUUUGAUAAAUUGGAUCGUAAUAUAACUCAAACAAUGCUUGAAACACAAACUAUCGAUUACAAACACACACCAAUUUCAAUUGCUAUCCUUGAAGGACGAAAAGAUACAUUUCAAUUUUUACUUGAGAGAACAACCAAUACCUCCAUUGUUGACUUUGCUCACAACAAUUAUUUACAUCUUUCUGUUAAGGAGAGUUCUCUCGGAAUUACAAAAAUCUUGUUAUCGUUGGAAGAUCAUGAGAAAAAGUCAGGGGAAAAGUCAAGUGCUCUUAAUUAUCUUUGCUGUGAGAACACUUCAGGACAAACUCCUAUUGAUAUUGCAGUGAAUCAAUUUUUGAAAGAAAUUCAUGAUACAAACACCUUGUCUGAUGGAUACAUCAAGAAGCCAAAAGAUCAAAGAUAUGUUUCAAAUAGAUCUUCUUACGUGGCUUUACAGCGAUAUAUAUCAAGGCAAUCUAUUUCUCGAUGUUCAAAACAAGAAGAAAUAGAAUAUUAUCAACCAUUUGAAGUUUUUGACCUUUUGCAAAAAGCCACUGAAAAUAUAAAUUCACGAAAAGACCUUAUUUCAUUCAAGGAUGCUAAAGAUAUGAUUUAUAAGGGCAUAGAUAUAUGGCGUGUACUAGAAAAUUAUUUUGUUGACAAAGAAGUAUAUGCUAUUCCUGAAGUUAAAAUUUAUAUUUGUAACUUUAUUGAUGAUUACACUAAAUCUGUGUGGUGA